AAGCUGUCUAAUACACCACAUAAGACGUUUACUGGCAUAAACGAGCAGAAAUGAGCUGCUUUAUCCCUGCCCCUUUUCCGUGCAAAAGCCACUCACGUGAGACAUGCAGUUACAGAUGAGAUAAGUGAAGUCUGUUAUGAAGGAAGAGAGACGCGUGUCAGUUGUUUGUUUUGCAGUUUGACUCACGACCCGUUGAGGGAUUUCAAAAUAAUAACUUCUCUGUUUAAUCUCUGUUGUUUUUACCCUUUGCACACCACCAUUUUUGCUUGUUUUGACUACAUAAAGCGGAUAUAAUUUCUCUAACGAUCUGGACUACUGCGACAGGUUGUGACAUUUCUAUUGCUAAAAUAAGGCUUAUUUUGAAAACACCACCUACUGAGAAUGACUGAUCAUUCUCACGAAGCUAACUUGGACGCUCAUGUUUCCUGAGUUUCUGUUUCCUCAGAAUAUGCUCUCCUGUAAAGAAAAUGCGACCAUGGUUCAAGCUGAUUUAAGCUGACUGAGCACUCGUCGCUACCCUCAACAGGAGCCACCAUGAAGACAGUGGAAGAAAUAGAGCAGCUGGAGCAGUCUAGAUUUGGUCAACCUCAUCCAAGACAUGGUCUCAAGCUGCUGUACUGGUUUUCUAAUGAGUGUCUCUCUCUUGAUCAAAACGAUGUUUUGCAGUUGAGCUGUGAUCCAAUUAAUAAAGAUUUUGGUUUCCACCUAUUCGAGAACAGAUAUGAGAGAAACAGUGGUAAACUUCUGCCUAAUGUGGCUUUCCCCUACUAUGUGGUGGGCAAUCUAAGCUAUCCAUAUGCGUCCAAGCUUCCCGGGUAUGUCAGAGAAGAUUGUACUCAUUCCCAAGACAACAGCAACAUGGACCGCAUCAUAAUCAGCCUCGACAAUAAGUGGCUUCAUACCGUUUAUGUGACUCAGCACAGUGAUCAGUCAAGUUUCAACAAACAUGCCACCUACCGCAUUAGCAAGAACCUCAUUCUGAAUAUCAGGGAUCUGACCUUAGAGGAAUUUCUGUCGAGAACUGGGUACUCGAAACAGAAAACAAACACAAGUCCUGUAGAACUGAGCAACCGACAACCCCCAUGUCCUGCUCAAAUGACAACCUCCAUCUGCAGUCCAGUACAAGAGAGCAAAUCACCUACGAUCGUGAUGAUGAAUAACACACAAGGACACCACAAAGCUGAACCAACACCCACUUGCAUUCUAGCGCUUACGUCUUUUACAAACCAAGAUGUUCACAAAGAGAUCGAAACACCUCCCGUCUUGACAAAUAAUAAUACACAAGAACACCACAAAGAUCGACCGUCAAGGCCUGCUAGCAUUCCAGGAAUUGCAUCUUCUACAAAGCAAGACAAUUGUACUAAAGAUGAAUCACCUCCCGUCUUGACAAAUAAUAAUACACAAAUACACACAACUAGUGCGGAGAGUCAACUAAACAAUUUUCUACAGGACAAUACCAUCCAAACUUCUAUUCCUCAACCGCCGUCUAAGGAUGUCCUAACAACCUCUACCAGUACACCAACCAUCAUGUCAAAGAACCAAAACACUGAUACUGAAUCAUCUCCAGUGUCACAGAUGAACUCUUUCUUCUGGGGGUUUUAUUUUCUUUUUCAUUAUUUCUUUUUUACGUUUGUUUGGCGGGAUGUUACGAGAAUAUUUAUAAUUGUCAUUUUUGUAUCGUCAUCAUCAUCAUCAUCAUCAUCUCCUCGGCAAAAUUGUAAUAGAGGAGAGCGAGGAGAGAAGAACGAAAGAGAGGGAAAAAAUAGCAAAGCAGAGACGGGAGAAAGGACAAUAACAUUAAUGACAACCAAAGGAAGGAGGAAUGUUGUGACUACCUGUACACCAAUUGUCACGUCUUCAAGGAACCAAAACACUGAUGUUGAAUCAUCUUCAUCAUUUGUUUCACAAAUGAACUCUUUCUUUUGGGGGUUUUAUUUCCUUUUCCUUUUUUCUUUUUUUCAUUUCUUUUGGGGGAAUGUUAUGCGAAUAUGUAUAACUGUCUUUUUUUUUUUUUUUAAUCAUCACUAUUCCAGGAGCGAAAGAGGAAAAACUUCAACAGAUGGAGAGAGCCAAGAAACGGAAGAAAAAAAUCAUGCUGUGAACAUUAAUAAUUAAGGAUGAGAUGAGCUCAUUGUGUGGAAGGAAGGAUUAGUGUUUAAGGAGGGAUUCAUUCUUAAUGUACUGUAAGAAUUGUUUAUAGAGCUACUAUUGAGUCUGUGUUACAUUAUGGGAGAACCAGCUGGAUUGGGAACUUAACAAUUAAAUCAAGAACCCACAUUUUCAACUUGAUAAAAAACAGCAGGGAAGAUUUUGGAUAUGCCCACUCUCCCUAAUCCCUAUGAUAUUUCUGAACAAUCGGUCAUUAGGCAGGCAAAUAAGAUUCUAUCUGAUCUCACCCAUGUAUUGAACCCUGAGUGUGUUGUUGACCUCCAGAAGGAGGUAUACAGGGCAGCUCUGUGUAAAUACAAUAGAUAUAAAUACUCAUUUGUUCCACUGUCAGUGAAACUUAUCAAUUCUGAACAGAAUUCUGAAAGAAAGGGUAAUUCAGCGAGCAGGUUCUA